CUCUGUUGUUGCCCUCACCUAGGGAACAUUCCUCUCUCCCCACCCACCCACCCCCACCUCAGUCUCCUGGCCUUCGGAAAAGGAGUGAAGUUGCGUCUUCAAAGAUUGUCCAGCCAAGAUGCCAAAAUGAUUUUGAAACUAAACUGGUUUGUUCCUGGGAGGUGGCUGCUGUCACCAACUGCACCGCGGAGUUUAAAUUUCUCUACCAGGGAAGCUUAGCAACGGAGCCCCAGGAGUGUCCUCUGAAGAAGAAGCAGGAGGGCCCAGGCACUGCCUCCUGUUGUGUUUGCGAGAUUCUAGGGAACAAAUUCAAAAAAGUCUACUAUAACAUAUCACUGGCCAGGACAGAGAAUGAUGCUGAGGUCUGGAACGAGACCUUGGAUAUGGAAUUAAUUGUGAAGCCCAAGGCCCUGAUCAACUUGAGUGUCGAGAAGAAGAAGAAGGAGCACACGUUCAUCCUUACCUGGGAGAGGGAUUACAAUGCUUCUAACCUACUUAAAAGCUCUGCAGCAAAGUACGAGGUUGCCUAUUGGCCCAAGAACCAUACAGAACAGAAAAUCAUUGUUCCAGAAGACUCAUCCCAUCAUAUCAUCUUUGCGGACAAGCUCCGUUCAGGCACCACCUAUGAAGCGAGUGUGCGCCAUGGGUUGAAACUCUGGGGGGGGAACUGGAGUGAGUGGAGUGCUACUUGUGAAUGGCUCAAUGAUUUUGAGCCCAGCUCUGAAAAGGAAUCCUGGACCUCCAUUGUUUGGUUGUGCAUGAUGAUCAUCAGUCUCAUUCUCUUCUGCUACCUCUGCUUCCUGUGGGUGAAGAAGAAAUGGUGGGAUGGGAUCCCAAGUCCCCGCAAGAGCAAAAUGGCAGAGGACAUAACAGCGGGAAAAUGGCUUUGGGUUUUCGGCAAGAUGGAGACGGCUACCUGCAGACGGCCAUUUCCCAGCAAAGGCGGUGCUGAUCUCCCUCCCCAGCCUCUUGGUGUGACCCGUGCGCCCUUCCUAAUCCCCGAAGAAGUCUUCCUGAGCAAAGGCUCUCUAACCACAGACAGCAGCGCCGGAGGGGUCAAACCAGGAGGCCCGGAAGAGGCAGAGGCAGAGCAGGUCCCACACGAACACGCUGUGGCCGGUCUCUUCAGGGAUCUUCUGCUUGGUGCCCUGAGCACGGGGGAUCCGGGGGCCCCAGCAACCUCCACCCAAAGCUGCUCUGCUCCAGAGAAGCCCGUCUGCCUGCAGGGUCUCUGCCAGCCAGCUUAUCAGGCCUGUCGAGUGGAGCCUGAGGGUUCUGGCCUGGAGCUUCCUUUGUCAGGGCAAGGCCCAUACGCUCCCGAAGGACAAGCUGACUGGCUGCCCGGGCUGGAGAGCUCGCCAGCGGAUCCCUCCUGCACUGCCCUCCCUCAGGCAGAGAGCAGCCUUGCUGCCCCCUCGGCUACAGGCUACAAGUCCUUCAGCAGCCUGGAGGCUCAGCCAGCGAGCGGAGUCUGCCCAGCCUGGAGUCAGUGGCCUUGUCUCGCCCCAGAGGGUCAGAGCCAGCAGGCCUGGGGCAGCACUGGGCCCAGCCUUCUGCCGCUGCCAGACACUUCUGGAGGCUUCCCAGCAGGGCAAGACACCUUCUCCCUCUAUGGAGCAGCUGCCCCAGGAAUGUGGCUUUUCCCUGCACAGCAAGGGGCAGCCUUAGGAGCUCCUGGGGGGGCCGAGAGCCUGCCUGGUCCAAAGGGCGCUUUCUUCUCCAGCUACCGGGCCUUCGGCUGUGCCCUCCAGAGCAGCCUUGCCUCCCCGGAGUUGUCCGUGGAGCCCGUCUAGAAGGCCUUUCCUUUGGGCAUCGAAGAGAGGCUUUGUAGGGGCAGGGAACUCAGUAUGGACAAAGGGAGGUUGUGCUUAAACUCGGAGAUAAACAGACGUUGCACCUUUUCAGAUAAAAGCAGAUUAAGCCACUGCUGAAAACCCAUUUCUCCGCUUCACAAUUUGUCACUUUCUGUGGACUGUCAAUAGGGAACGUGGGUGGUGGGUCAGGGAGCCUGCAUCGUAUCUGCUCCGGCUUGUGCCCCUCCCCAAUUGCAGGUCUUCCUAGAGCCACAGCUUUAGAAUGGGGCCUGGGUGAUGCCCCUUGCUCUGGAAAGCGGCUGCUGUGGACACCAACCCAUCUCCACUCGCCUCCCCCUGGCUCUGCAUUCCCAAACCUCAGCGGGCCUUCAUCGUCCCUCCAGUUGGCCUUCCUUGCUCUUCCUGCAGCUGGAGAUCCACAGGCCACAGCUAGGAGGGAAGGGCAGGCUGGAGCGAGGGUCCUCCUGGAGGGGGAAAGCGAGCUCUGGGGCCUCUUAUGCUUGGCCUGAGGAGUGCAGUGCAGCUGCUCAGGGCUUCACCUUCUCUACCUAAAGGAGAGGCGUGACGUGCUGUCCAGGGUUCAGAGAAAGCCAUACAAAGACACAUGCACUGCAGAGCCAUGAGGCCUUUAAUUGUGGAGGACACACACUCCCAUUACCCCUGCCCUACAGGUGGCUAAACUGGUUCCCAGUUUGCUUCCAGGUUCAAUUCAAGGUGUUAGUUUUUCCUUUUAAAGCCCUUCAUGGGACCAGGUUAUGAAAGGAAGCACCUCGUCCCAAUGGGACUAGCCUGCCCCACUCGCUCCGACACACAGGGCUUGCUGCAGACCCCAUGAGUCAAGGAACUUCAGCCGGCGGGGUCCAGGAGAAGGGCCUUUUCUGCCAUGCCCCCCUCCUCUUUGGAACAUCGUGCCUCUAGAGGUGAGAUCCAUCCCCUUCUGCCUGUCCUUCCAGAAGAGCCUCAAAACUUGACUCAGCUAGUUAGCUUGAGGCCUCAAUGGGUGCCUUGCACGCUGGAGAUGGGUGGUGGACAGAGAGAAGACCGUUACGUUCCUCUCUUGGUUUUCAGUCUUUUCCUAUUUCUUGUUAAUGCUUUUAUAUGACUAUUGCAUUGCAAGCUGUCCAGAAGUCUCUUUGGAUAGUAAGAUGGGUGGCAUAAAUGUAAUAAAUAACUGAAUAAACAAACCCUUUUGCAGCCA